AUGCAUUCCUAUCCGGCUGCGGAAGAGCAGACAGAUGCCUUGAUCGUCACCACUGCGUUGGAGAAGUCACCUUCAAUAGGAGAGGCGGUAAUUGCUGUGGCGUUAACAGAGGAUCAAUUGUCACGUUUGCAUGAAAGCAUGGGGUAUAGUGUUAUCAAUCACAUGCGUUCACUAGCGUCCCCAGAGAAAGUAUCCAUUCUGUCACUGGGAGAUUCCAGGCUGCAGGACCGGACAUGCAUCCUAUUUACAGAUCCCGACAGGUCCUUGCUCUGUGAACUGAACCAAGCAGGCCUGGAUGCUCUCAAGCAUACGAUGAAGAUUGCUAGAAAGAUCAUAUGGGUGACAGUUGGGGCCACAGACGAGUGCCUGAAUCCUCAAUCUAGUGUAUCCGUGGGCCUUGCUCGAAUGAUACGCCGUGAGAAUCCCCAUGUGCCUAUCAUCACCCUGGACCUCGACCCGAGCAACAGACCACAGCCUCAAUACCUAGCAAAAUCUCUCUGGGGAUUCCUUCGGCAGCUUUUGUCUCGCCCGAGCAUACAAGACUUAGAAUGGACUGAACGCCGGGGCCAGUGGCUUGUACCACGUCUGGUAGAAGACGAGACUGCCACGGAAUUUGUUCGAUCUCACUCAAGGGCAGGUCAGAUUGCUUCGCCGGAAACGAAAUGCUUUCACCAGAAAGAUAGACCUCUGUCUCUGGCUACUAGAGACACGGGCAGUCUGCAAGGGCUAUACUUUAGCGACAGUCUUGCCCACAAUGCGCCUAUGGGUGAAGAUGAAUUGCAGAUUGAGGUCAAGGCAUCUGGGGUCAACUUUCGUGACAUUGUGGUGUCACUAAAUCAAACGCCAGAUGAAAACGUCGCCGAGUGCGCUGCUGUGGUCAUAAAAGUAGGCCAGAAGCUCCGAAAAACAUUUUCCGAAGGAGACAGGGUGUACACAUGGCAUGUGCCCCGAUAUUCCAGCCAUGUUCGAUGCCGUGGGCUGUGGACGAAACACAUUCCCCUUGGUGUUUCAUUCGAGGAGGCAGCGGCGAUCCCCAUUGCCUACUGCACUGCAUAUCACUGCUUGGUAAAUGAGGCGCGGUUGCGUACCGGAGACACCGUUCUGAUCCACUCCGGUGCUGGAGGGGUUGGCCAAGCAGCUAUCAUGCUAGCCUUACAUCUUAUCUUGUAUGGACUACUCGAAUCUCACAUAUUCUCCAGUCGAUCCAAGGACUUUGACAGUCAGAUCAAAUCAGUGACCAAUGGUCGCGGGGUUGAUGUGGUUCUCAACGCCUUGGCAGCAUCACUUCUGCAGCAUUCGCUCGACGUGUUGGCACCAUUGGGCCGUUUGGUGGAAAUUGGCAAGAACGAUAUCCUUGCUCACGCCCGACUAGACUUGGGCCCCUUCAUAAAGUCCAUAUCGUUUUCUGCGGUCGACCUCGUUCAGCUGGCAUGUCAGAAACCUCACCGCAUGGCCGAAGUAUUUUCCCAUGUCCAUCAACUGCUUACUGAACGCGUUGUGAGGCCAGCGUUUCCACUCAAUAUCCGCUCGAUUACAGACUUGGAAGAGGUUUUGCGAUUGAUGCAAAAGGGACACACUAUGGGCAAGGUGGUGUUGUCCCACGGCCCGAAUGACAUGGUCAAGGUCGUUCCCCGCAGCACCCCUGUAGCACAGCUACAUCCAGAUGUCACUUAUCUCAUAGUGGGCGGGCAGGGGGGCGUUGGGCGUUCACUUUGUGCCUGGAUGGCCCGAUGCGGUGCUAAAUUCCUUGUCGCCGUCUCACCCUCUGGUGCUGACAAGCCUUUGACUAAGGGAUUAGUUGAGGAGUUGGCUCAAAUUGGAGUCAAACUUCACGCGCUCGCCUGUGACGUUGGGAAUCGCCUUCAACUACAAUCCAUCCUUGCGUACUGCAAAGACAACCUUCCUCCCAUUCGCGGCAUCAUCCAUUCCGGGCUCACACUUCGAGAUGGAAGCUUCGAGAAUAUGUCGCUCGACGAUCUCCAACAGGUACUGCAGCCCAAGCUAGCUGGCAGCUACAAUCUUCACCAUAGCUUUGAAGGCCAGCAACUCGACUUCUUUGUACUUCUGUCGUCAUAUGUCGGACUCCUAGGAAGUCCGGGCCAGGCGAAUUAUGCAGCCGCAUCGACCUUCCAGGACGCUUUUGCUCGCUGGCGGACAAGUCUUGGCCAGCCUACGUAUUCCCUGGAUUUGGGAGCAGUCCAAGGAGCUGGCUCUAUUUAUGAGAAGCCUGCGAGAUUGGCCCACGUUGGACGGCUCGGGCUAGGCAAAGUUCCGCUCCCAGCCUUGUAUGCUUUGGUCAGCUACACAAUGUCGAAGCCUAUCCAGAGCUGGACUGACAGCCAAAUUGCCAUCGGAUGGGCACCGCCAUCCACCUGGACGAAGGCUGAUUUUGCCACCUUGGAGCCUAGUCUCUCCCACCUGCGCUCUUCCUUGAUUCCAUCUCGCAACGACGACAGCUCUCGUGGGCUCCCUGCUGCCGGUGUGCCGCAGACGUCUGAGCCCCUAUCACUGACUCUUCCCCGGUGUCAGUCUCUAGAAGAACGGGUUUCUACCAUCACAGCAGCUCUCUCACAGCAAAUUGUCAGCAUCUUGGGGGUGGCGGCGGAAGAUGUGGAUAAAAGCAAGUCAAUUGCAGAUCACGGUGGAGACUCGCUGGUGGCCAUCGAGUUCCGCGACUGGUUCCGUAAAGAGGUCGGCUGCAGCUUCAGCACUGACCAAGUCUCCAAUUUGCUCUCAGUUCAUCAAUUAGCCUUGCAGGCUGCCAACUAA